AUGGCCUCCGUCGAAUCCCUCCUUGAAGGUGUCCAGAUACUGGGAAAGAUAAACGAAAGCCACCGCAAGAUUCUGACAAAGGAAGCUUGUGCUUUCCUCGCCACUCUUCACAGAACCUUUAACACAACUCGCAAACAUCUUCUUCAGCGCCGUGUCGACCGUCAAGCUGAGAUUGACAAAGGUGUUCUUCCCACUUUCCUUCCAGAGACCAAGCACAUUCGUGAGGAUGAUGCAUGGAGAGGAGCAGAUCCUGCUCCCGGUCUCGUAGACAGGAGAGUGGAGAUUACUGGACCAACAGACAGGAAGAUGGUUGUGAAUGCGCUGAACUCAGACGUUUGGACAUACAUGGCUGAUUUUGAAGAUUCCAACUCUCCCACGUGGGAUAACAUGGUCAAUGGUCAAGUUAACCUCUAUGACGCCAUUCGCCGGGAGAUUGAUUUCAACCUCAACGGCAAGGACUACAAACUUCGCACUGACAGACCUCUUCCUACUCUUAUUGUUCGUCCUCGAGGCUGGCAUCUUGAGGAAAGACACUUCGUUGUUGAUGGAGAAGCUAUCUCUGGCGGUCUAUUCGAUUUCGGUCUAUACUUUUUCCACAAUGCAAAGAGGCUCGUCGAGAAUGGCCACGGGCCAUACUUCUACCUCCCUAAAAUGGAAUCCCACCUCGAGGCAAGACUAUGGAACGAUGUCUUCAACCUUGCCCAGGACACCGUUGGACUUUCAAGGGGUACCAUCAGAGGUACAGUGUUGAUUGAGACCAUUUUGGCCGUAUUCGAAAUGGAUGAGAUCAUCUAUGAGCUCCGCCAGCACAGCUCAGGUCUCAACUGUGGGCGUUGGGAUUACAUUUUCAGUGUCAUCAAGAAGUUCAGGAACAACUCUCAAUUUAUUCUACCUGACAGAAGUGCUGUUACCAUGACUGUGCCAUUCAUGGAGUCAUAUGUUAAGUUAUUGAUUAAGACUUGCCACCGCAGAGGCGUUCAUGCUAUGGGUGGAAUGGCUGCACAAAUCCCUAUCAAAGACGAUGCCGAGGCAAACAAGAAGGCUAUGGAGGGCGUUUAUGCGGAUAAGCUGCGUGAAGUUCGCGCGGGUCAUGAUGGAACUUGGGUUGCUCACCCCGCAUUGGCAAAAAUCGCUACAGAUGUGUUCAACAAGCACAUGCCUACACCCAACCAGAUCUUCAAGCGCCGUGAGGAUGUAUCUGUAACAUCAAACGACCUUUUGAACAUGAAUAUGCCUGGAACGAUCACCGAGGAAGGGAUCCGCAAGAAUAUCGACAUCGGUCUAGGAUACAUGGAGGGAUGGCUCCGAGCAGUUGGUUGCGUACCUCUUAACUACCUUAUGGAAGAUGCUGCAACAGCCGAAGUUUCACGCUCUCAGCUAUGGCAAUGGGCCAAGCAUGGAAUCUCAACAGCAGAGGGCAAGAAGAUCACCAAGGAAUACAACCUGCAACUACUCCAGGAAGCUACUGAGAGACUCUCAAGUAAGGCGGCGCCAGGAAACAAAUAUCAGCUCGCUUCAAGAUACUUUGCGACCCAAAUAACGGGCGAGGAUUACGCGGACUUUUUGACAACUCUGCUGUACAAUGAGAUCGUGACGGUGAUUUUUAUUAAGAAAAUCAUCUUUCAAGGAACCAGUUUUACUAGAUACCCCACAAUGCCCGCUCGUGAAGAAAUCUUCCAUUUUGGUGCCGGACCUGCCCGUCUACCAACUUCAGUGCUCGCCCGCGCCUCCGUUUCCAUCUUAAACCAUGAAGAUACUGGUCUCGGUCUUGCUGAGCACUCCCAUCGUUCAGCACUCUGCGGAAAGAUUGUCACCGAUGCUGCAGAUUCCUUGAAAACCCUGUUGUCUAUUCCAGAUGACUACUCAGUCAUUUUCAUGCAGGGUGGAGGAACCUCUCAGUUCUCGGGCGUGGUGUAUAAUCUUCUUGGAUACUGGGUGCAGCGGGAACUCAACAACUCAAAUAAUGACAUUGAUACUGUGCGCCGAAGGCUUCUGGGUUCCAAGAUGGACUACCUUGUCACCGGAGUAUGGAGUCAGAAGGCAAGUGAGGAAGCUUCAAGACUAGCAGGAGAGUGGAUGGUAAAUGUCGCGGUCAAUGCCAAGGAGGCCAAUGGCGGAAAGUAUGGAAAGAUUCCCGCAGAGGACACAUGGAAACUCACGGAGAAGGAGAAGAGCAUCUUUACUUACUUCUGUGACAAUGAGACUGUUGAUGGUGUUGAGUUCCCGGCUUUCCCAACCGUAUUGGCACAGGACAAGGAGAGAUUGGUUGUUGCCGAUAUGAGCAGCAACAUUUUGAGCAGGAGAGUUGAUGUUAGCAAGUACGCAGUGAUCUUUGCUGGAGCACAAAAAAAUGUUGGCACCACAGGUCUGACAAUGGUUAUCAUCCGCAACGACAUUCUCGCAAAUCAGCCCACACUCCAGACCCAGCGUGCUCUUGGGCUCCCUAUCCAGCCUAUCAUGUUUGACUACAAGACUCUUGCCAAGAACGGUUCUCUCUAUAAUACUCUGCCCAUCUUUGACGUCUGGAUCGCCAAGGAGGUCAUGCAGGAUCUCAUCGCUGGUGGUGGUCUCGAAAAACAGGAGGAGAUUUCCGGAAGGAAGAGUGAUAAGCUGUACGCUGCCCUGGAGGCAUCGCCGGAGAUUUACAAGAUUGUCACCGUACCGGGUUCCAGGUCACGUAUGAAUAUCUGCUACCGAAUUUCUGGCGAGGGUCUUGAGGAUGAAUUCGUCAAACUUGCCACGAAACAAGGGAUGACCGGAUUGAAGGGGCACCGAAGUGUAGGUGGUAUCAGAAUUAGUAACUAUAACUCUAUCACUGAGGAGGGAGCAGAUAAGUUGGCGGCGUACAUCAGGGAGUUUGCAGAGAGCCACAAGGUAUAG